CCUCCUUUCUCUCAAUCGUAGAUGUUGCACAUAAUAUCACAGAUAUUUAUUACCAUUAAUAUGCCUAUUUGAAACCACGCACACGUCUUUCCACUUUGGUAACCCAUGUUGCACAGACAAUUCAAAGUAUUCCCGCGAUCGCCCAUUUCUCGUUCAUAUAAAAGGCCAGUGAUCUUUCUUCCAAUUAAGUAAAAGUCAUCUCCCUCACAUUCUUUAAUCUAAAUGAAGUUUAUCACUAUCGCUUCUUCUGUUGUCUUGGCGCUUGCUCUCGGUACUGAAUUGGCUUCUGCCGAAUGUGCUAAGCUUUACGGUCAAUGUGGUGGCAAAGAAUGGAAGGGCCCUACCUGCUGUGAAUCUGGUUCUCGCUGUACCGAUCUUGGAAACGAAUACUACCUUCAAUGCCUUCCUUCCAACAACAACAACAACAACAACAACAACAACAACAAUAACAAUAACAAUAACAACGGCCACAAGACAACCACCACUACCAAGCACACCAAAACUCGCAGUCCUCCUACACAUACUCCUUCCAAGCCUUCUAAGCCUUCUACUCCUUCUACUUCUGGCAGUGGAUACUCUCCCGUCUCUGGUGGUGCCUCCGGUAAUGGUAGAAGUACUCGCUACUGGGAUUGCUGUAAGGCCUCUUGCAGUUGGCCCGGUAAGGCUGAUGUAACUGCUCCUGUUGACACUUGUGCCAAAAACGGUGUCUCUAUUGUUGAUGACAAUACUCAAAGCGGUUGCAAUGGUGGCAGUGGCUACAUGUGUAACAACAAUCAACCUUGGGCUGUCAAUGACAAUCUCGCUUACGGCUUUGCUGCUGCUGCUAUCAACGGUGGUGGUGAAUCUCGUUGGUGCUGCUCUUGCUUCGAGCUCACCUUUACUUCUACCUCUAUUGCUGGCAAGAAGAUGGUUGUCCAAGUUACCAACACCGGUGGUGAUCUUGGUGGCGCUGAUGGACAUUUUGACUUGCAAUUACCCGGCGGUGGUGUCGGUAUCUUCAACGGUUGUGCUUCUCAAUGGGGUGCUCCUAACGAUGGAUGGGGUCAAAGAUACGGUGGUAUCUCUGAUGCAUCUCAAUGUUCUCAACUUCCUGCUGCCCUUCAAGCUGGUUGUAAGUUCAGAUUUGGCUGGUUCAAGAACGCUGAUAACCCAUCAGUCAGCUUCAAGGAAGUCACUUGUCCCAAGGAAAUCGUCCAAAGAACUGGUUGUCAGAGAAAGUAAAUGUAUAACUUCAUCCCUCUUUUCAUGUAUCUUUGAAAACACGCUUUCAUUCAUUCCCAUAAACGAAAUAAACAUUUUUGCUUUUGACAUCAUCAUUACUUUUUUACUCGACUUUAAGUAAAGAG